AUGGAACUCGCCAUGGCAAUGGUCUUCCAAACCACCCAGGCAACCCCCCUCUACUCUAACGACUGGACCCCCAGAUCCGCAGGCACGUACGCAGGCACCUGUAUCUUCCUCAUCGUCCUCGCCGUUAUGUUCCGCGCCUUACUCGCGACCAAAUCCAUGCUGGAACACCGGUGGGCCGCCGCCGCGAUGUCCCGCCGCUACGUCGUGGUCGCUGGCCAGCUUCCGGCGGCGGAACGGAUACAGAUGGACCCCAAUGCGUCGACGGGGACGUUGGUUUCGGCGAAUGGGGUCGAGGAGAAGGUUAGGGUUGUGGCGAGUUUGAAGGGGCAGACUGCGCCGUGGAGGUUUAGUGUUGAUUUACCCAGGGCGUUGUUGGUUAUGGUUACUGCUGGAGUGGGGUAUUUGCUCAUGCUGGCUGUCAUGACGAUGAAUGUUGGCUACUUCAUGUCUGUUCUUGCUGGCGUGUUCGUUGGAGAUGUCGUGCUGGGUCGAUAUAACCAUUUCAAUGAGCAUUAG